AUGUUGGAAAGGUUUUUGAAGUUGGCAAACAAUAUAUCACAUGUUUUGAUGAACUUUCCAGAGACUGAUGCACCGGAUAUGAUUUCGUCUACUGAACUGAGAAAUCUUAAAGACAUUUGUUUAUUGUUAGGAUCAAUGGAAGUGCUUACCAAGGAAUUGUCAGUGGAAAAGUCAGUUAUGUCGAGUAAGAUAAUACCACUCAUCUCCUGCACAAAAAAUGAAUUGGAAAAACAAAAUCCAGAAUUAUGUAUAACCAAAAACCUAAAACAGAAGCUACUAGAAGAAUUAAACUAUAGAUGUAGUCUAUAUGAUAAGGGUUCAAUAUUGGCUAUCUGCACCAUUUUGGAUCCAAGAUUCAAAGACUUACAUCUGAGGGACCCAUUGAUUAAUUCAAAAACACAAAGUAUUAUUGUAAGUAUGAUGGAAUCAGAAGACUCAGACGAUGAUACAAGAUAUACUAGUACAGACACUACAACAAAUAAUGACGGCGAAAGUCUGUCAACUUUAACUGAAUAG